CUCCGAAAUCACCAGCGGCACUCCGCGGCGGAUGGGUGACGAUGAGUCUUACAGAGCUUCUAUUGGCCACUCAGGAUCCACGAACCCGUGCCCAGGCAGAGGCACAGAUCAAACAGGCAGAGCAAGCCAAUGUGGAGCAAUACUUCACGGCUUUGGCACAGGAACUGGCCAAUGCAGAGAAGCCAGUGGUUGCUCGACAGCUUGCAGGACUUUUGUUGAAGAAUGGCCUUGCGGCCAAGGAUUUGGCCAAAGAUCGGGAACUUAAAGCGAGAUGGGCCAGCUUGCCGGCUGCCAGUCGAAACCUCGUAAAGGAGGCAACGACCACUGCGUUGGUCUUUCCGCAGGUGGAUGUUGGCAAGGCCGCCGCACAGGUGCUUGCAAAAAUUGGGGCCGUAGAGAUUCCCCCCAAUGAGUGGCCAGGGUUAGUGCCCCUGCUUCUACAACAUGUGACCAACACUGACAAUGCAGCUCGCCAAAUCUCAUUAGUUUGCCUUGGCUAUUUAUGUGAGGAGCUAGUGCUCGUGCAGGAGGAGGGGGGCAAUAUCAGUGAUGAUAUUGCCAACAAUAUCCUCACAGCGGUGGUUCAGGGCAUGAAAGAUUCGGAACCCCACACCAAGCUCGAAGCGACAAGAGCAUUCUACCAUGCAGUAGUCUUGGCAAAAAAGAACUUCAAGAAUCAAGUUGAGCGGGACGUGAUCAUGAGCGUGAUGAAGGACGUUUGCUGCUUCCAAGCGGCUCCUGAGGUUCAAAUAGCAGCCUUCGAGUGCCUGGUGCAAAUUGCCACGGAGUACUAUGACUUCCUUCUUCCGUACAUGAAUAGCUUGGGGUUUUUGACCUUGGAGACCAUCAAAUCGGCUCCAGAAAAGGUUGCCAUUCCCGCCAUGGAGUUUUGGUCCACAAUAUGUGACGAAGAACUUUUCUUGAUGGAUUUGAUUCAAAGUGGCCAGCCAGCUGGUGGCCGGGCAUCUCUGAAUCUCAUUCAGCAGGCCUUGCCACACUUGGUGCCACUACUCACAGAAACAUUGACCAGGAGACAGAGCGAGGAUGACGACGACACCUGGAACCUAGCGAUGGCUGCCGGGACCUGUCUUGCCUUGGUGGCUCAGGUGGUGGGAGAUGGCUGUGUAGACUUGGUUCUUCAGUUUGUCACCGUGAACUUCAACAAUGCGGAUUGGAAGUUUCGGGAGGCCGCCGUCCUGGCCUAUGGCUCGAUCAUGGAGGGUCCCACGAGUGAGAAGAUGAGACCCAUGGUGGAAUCCAGCUUGAGCUCCUUAGUGGUGGCACUUCAGGAUCCAAGUGUAGCGGUUCGUGACACCAUCGCAUGGACCUUGGGUCGAAUUGCGCAAUUUCAUCCAACCAUCGUCCCUGUGAAGCAGCUCAUGCCUUUGCUUUGCGAGAAACUUCGGGAUGUUCCACGAGUCUCUGCAAACAUUUGCUGGAACGUGCAGGUUUUGGCUGAGGCCCAGGCUGCGGGUGCAGGCACAGUGCCAUACCCUGACAGCACGGUGCUUUCGGAGUUCUUCACCGCCAUUGCCAUGGCCUUGCUUGAGGUAGUGGCCCGACCAGAUGCUGAUGAGCGGCAGCUGCGGAUGGCCGGCUACAAUGCUUUGAGCGUUUUGGUGAGCAAAGCAGGCAAUGACUGCCUAGGACACAUGCAGGCACUCACACAAGAGAUGCUGAAGCAUUUGCAAGAAUCCUACAAGUCAAUUGAUCGAGAGUGUGAGCUCCAGGGCUACAUUUGUGGAGUUCUCACAUCCUUGGUCUCCAGGCUUAGGGAGAGGAUCGCUCCACUGGCCGACAAGAUUAUGGAGGAGGCCUUGAAGGUCAUCUCAGCCUAUCAGCAGGUCAGAGGAGGUGCGCAGGUGCUUCAUGAGGAGGCGCUGCUUUUGAUUGUUGCGCUGGCCAAUGCUGCUGGUUCGGGCUUCGAUCGCUUCAUGCCACACUUUGCGCCGCACCUCACGGUUGGUUUGCAAAACUACGAGGAGAUCCAGGUGUGCUUGACCACAACACGGAUGGUCGGCGAUCUAUGCACAGCACUGGAGAGCAAAGUCGCUGGAUAUUGCGACAUGAUCUUAGAGAUUCUCUAUACCAACUUGAAGAAUCCGGCCGUCGACCGCAAAAUCAAGGCGGCAGUGAUGACAUGCUUUGGUGACAUUGCCAUGGCUAUCACUGGCGACUUUGAGAAGUAUUUGGGCCCUGUCGUGCAGAUGCUUCGGGAAGCCUCUUCGACCAGACUUGCCGAUGGUCCAGCCGACAGCGAAGAAUGGAUUGAGUACUUGAAUAGCCUAAGGGAAGGGGUUUUGGAGGCAUAUUCUGGCAUCAUUCAUGGACUAAAAGAGUCGGGCAAAUUGCCCCUCUUUAAAGAGCAUGUGAAUACAGUGCUGAUGUUGGUGAAGGAGAUCUCGGAAGAUCAGACAUCACAGAUGCCAGUGAUUAAGGCUGCUGUUGGAGUGGUCGGUGAUUUGAUCUUGGUUUUUCAGACCGAGCUCACAGCUUAUGUGGGCAAGGCCCCCUUUUUGUCCAACUUGGUUCAGAUCGCCAUCCAAAGUCAGGAGCCCAAGUUGCUGCAGAACGCCCAGUGGCUGCAGAGUAUGCUGGUGAGAUUUGGUGGGUGAUGUCACCCCACUGCCCAAGGCAGAUCAUAAUUGUUUGUUGCGGCCUGUUGAGUUGGAACAACAUACGUAUGCGUACCUCGUUUCUUCAGCUUGUACAGGCACCUUCGCAACACCCCGGAUUGUGGUGCU